AUGGCUGCCUGCCCGUUUUGCCAAGACGACAGCGGAGCUCCGAAAGAAGUGCCUCUUUCUCUCUCUGUAUCUCAAGUUGACAACGCGUUUCUUGAGGUCCUGGCCCACCUCUCAGGACUGCCGCUCUUCUUCUCUUCUGCGCUCGUGGAAAGCCGUGCGUCCACCCCCGCCGCAGCGAGAGAAGGCGACAGGGAAACGCCGACCGAGCGAACGCGAGAGGCGGACAAAGAGCGAGAAAAGGCACCAAGAGGCGGACCACGCAGGAGGAGGGACUUCCCGGCCUAUGCUGCAGAGCGCGGCGAUCGGUCACUCUCUGCCGAUCUUCUGGAAGACAAGACACCCGGAAAAGCGCAAGACAUUGCAACCGAGCUGGUGAGUCAAAGGUCUUCUUCGUCUUCACGGUCGUGUGUGUGCCCGUCUCCUAGGUACGAGUAUUUCACUCCAAGUCUUGCUUUGUCGUCGCAGCAAAGAGGCUGUGCUCAGAUCGACGGCAGACAUCUGAGGUCUUUCCCGUGGGUCGCCUUCUCUCCGUCUCCCUCCCCAGCACUCUUGGGUGAGCGACUGUGGCGGUCUCUGCAGCUUCUGCGCGGUUCUGUUUCUCCGGCAGCUCCUCGCCCGUACUCGACUUCUCACACUGGGAAACGAGCGGAUUUCCCCCUGCACGCACAAGCAGAAAACAGGAAAUCGCCUCUCUUCGUUUCCUUUCCUUCUGUGGGCCAACCGCCUGUCGCUCCCCUUGAGCUAGAACCGGAAAGGUCCCCUGUUCUGCCAAGUGCCUCUGGUGACUUCCGCUUCUUCUCGGCGUCUCUUGAGACGCCGCCUUCACCUAAACGUACGCCUUCAGUCCACUCCACAAAAUCGAUGGGGACAAAGGCCCUCGCGCCUUCCCCUGUUCUGUCGAGACGACAGGCGAGAAGGCAGAGAAAACGAAGAGCUGCAGAGGAGGCGAAGCGUCUUGCAAGCUCUUCUCCAUGUCCGUCGGCUUCCCUUGUCUCUGCCCAGCGUGGAGCUCGCGACCCCACUCGAGGAGACAGCGAGGCUCAGGGGACAACAGCGUCCUCGCAGAAAUUCGCGCUCUCUCGCGUCGAGCAACCGGUCGAUUAUCUGUUCAAACGCAGAGUUGGUCGAGACGAAGAGAGGUGCGAGGGUAAGCGGGGGAAACAGACAGUGCAGUUGAUUCAGGAAAACGAAGGGGGAGCAGGAAGGGCGGUGGCUGGAGAGGAGAAAGGAGAGGCACCAGACGGAGCAGAGACGCGGUGGGGAAGCGCGCGUGCUGGUCACCAAGAUGGGGACAGCGAACUAAAAACUCGGCUUUUCGUAGAGUCUCAAGGCAGUGCGAAGUUGGUUGAUGUGUCAUUGAAACAGCGUCUGAAAGAAGAAGAAAUCUACGCAGCUGUACCGCCUCUCCAACUCCUUCUUCGACGAGGCCUCUCACUUCUGGAAAUCGUGAAGUACACUCCCCGAGAAUGCAGGGUGCCGCAGGGAGGACCGAGCCAGGAGGGCAGCGAGAGAAGCGAAAGACGCGAAGAAGAAAUUUGUGGCCAGCAGGGGCACAGGUGUAGCGACGAAAGCGAUCACGGACUCCCAAAGGACAAGAGACCGCGUCUGGACGUCGAACAGCAUGUGGACGCCGGCGACGGGUCGAGGGCCGAGAACAUCGGGAAGAGAAGGAAAAGAAGACAGGGGAAGGAAGUCGAGGAAACCGGCGGCGAUGGAGUGACGUGGGGACUUGACCUAGACGACGAACUUGGAAAGACAGAGCAGGCAAAGGAAUCGGAACGGACGUCGCAUGCGGCGGCUACCCCAGGAGCUUCCUUAUCCCAAGAAUGCGACAGCCCUGCACCUGGAAGAAACUCGGCUUCUCCACAAUGCCCUGCUGAUGGGGCUCCAGUUUCUUCUUUUGCUUCGGUUUCGCCGUCUCUGUCUUCUCUCUCUGUUUCUUGCGUCCCCUCGACCCGGAAGAAAACAGAGCAGCACCUCGUGCGUAUGGGGUUGCCGAAAUUUUUCGACUUUCACUUGCCGCUCUUCUCGGCUUUUCUUCUUUGCAUGCAUCGGCACAAAAGUUCGCUUCCUCUCCAACUCCACCGUGUGUCUCCGGCACUCCGUAGUCAACCAGAAACGCGUGGUCAAGAGGAGAAAGCGGAGCAAGGGGGCUCUUCGGUCACCACGCGCGUUUCUGUUUUUCAGGACUCAUCUGAGAAUGCGGAGGAUAAACUGACUAGAAACGGUGAGGGUUCCGACUCUUUUGAAGAUCUCGAAGGGGAUGUUCUUAGCCGCGACGAGGUCCGGAGUUGCCACCGAAAAGAGAGAAUUUUCUUGGAAAGCGAAGAAAAACGUCUUCACGCUUCCCUUCGUCGAGCAGUCGAAGCCAUUGCGAUGACGCCUGCAGACACUUUCUCUCUGGUCCAGCACCUCAGACAAGGACAAGUCGAAAACAAGGAAGAAGGCGUAGAGAAAUUCCGGAGAGGUGACAGGUGCACAGGGCCCUGCUGCGCGAGAGACGGUUCCUCAUCUCCUCUGUGUACACAGGUUCCGAGUCCUUUGUCUGUGAAUCCGAACGGCGGCAGACCGAGCCGCCUUCAGCUGCCUCCGACCCUUCGAGCAGAGACGCUUCAACCUGCUCUGCUAACAGCCGCGCACAAUGCAGUUCUGUCCACGCGUCAACUAGCGAGUCGAGUGCAUGCAGCCUUCGCGCUCGCUGAAGAAAUGCGGUUUCUCGAGGAUUCACGACACACCGAUGAAGGCCAAGGCAGAGAUAAACAGGAGAUACCAAUCGACCUACGCGCGUCGGAAGGCAGACCACGAGGCGGCAACGCAGCAGUCAAAUGCACCAGCUUGGCGUCAGCGUCGGUUGUCAACGAAGGACCUUGCUCUUCAUCUUCUUUGUCCACUUCGUCUCUCGAAACGUGCUCCUCGUCCCACUCGCUUUCGCCGCGGAGUUCGCCGUUCGGUGUGGAAGUUUUCGCACUGGAGAAAGUGAACGGCGAAAACGCACAAAUCUCGUUUUCUGUCGCUCUUGACGCCUGGUGCAUCUGCAGCAAAAACGUCUCGUUGCUCGUGCCUUCGGAGGCUCUUUCCGAGGAAACAGAGCUGAAGGAGGAACACAGAGAGACAGAACACCCGCCCAGAGAGUGCUGGCCUACUGGCCAAAGGACGACAGACGCAGGGAAAGAAGAAGGACGAGGAGCCGAGCCCAAUAGGAAAGUGAACAAUGAAGACAACGAAGCGAGGGGGAUAUCCUCGUCCCAGCCACUGGGAGAGACAACGAGACAUGACGCGGGGGUUGAAGAUCAUAUUUUAGACAGAAAAGAACUCCGAUACCAACAUGCCAUCAAAGUGGCCUGUGCUUGGAAGAGGCUGCUGUCAGGGCGCUCGGAACACCAGGUCGAGUCGCUCAAGCGCUUCCUGUCGAACCACACCAUUGUCGGAGAGUUCGUGGGGUGCAAGAAGAAACAGCACUUUCUGCCUUACUGGGAACCAUCGUAUGCAAAGCUUUUUCUGUCUCGCGUCUCAUCGACCAGUUCUUUAUCUUCAUCUUCUUUUCCGUAUCUGAUUUUCUACGCGGCAGUCCCUCACGAUGGGUUCCAGGUGUGCUUGCCUCCGCAUGCAGCUCUCACCUUACUUCGCGAAAAAUACCAGCUGCCGACGGCUCGCAUUUUCUCCUCGUUUUCCGCUUCUUCUCUGGUUCCGUUCCUCGAACAGCUGCAAAGUGUAGUCGACGAAACGUUCUGCAGCGAUAUGCACGUGGGUGGAGUAGGCGAAGGAGUGGUCCUCUAUUUCACAGGACCUUGUCAUGCCUCUGCCUCUUCGCUGUCGCCUUCUGCUUCUUUCGAUGCAUCCCCUUCGUCUUGCGCUUCUGGCGAGCACUCCGACGAUACGCGCUCCCGUCCAGGACAUGAUGCUCUGCUAUCUUCGUCGUGUCUACCUUCUUCAUCCCCUCCUUCCAGUUCAUCGUCUUCCUCGGCUUUACCUGCAUCUCUGCCUUCGCCUCCCCUCUGUGUCUUUCCUCUCGUUCUCGGUCUGGCAAAAGUCAAGAGCCUCGGUUACCUUCUUCGUCGACGCAUUCGCGAGAAGCUUCGGCACUCGAUCUCCUCGUUCUCUCUCGUGCCUCUCGCUCCCCAUAUGCUCGCGGUCUCCGCGUCUCCGGCCUUUUCUUUCUUCUCGUCUCUCGCGCUACACCACCCUGCGGCUUCUGCCCGCUCCUCGCUGAUUCCACAUCUCCUCAAAAACCGGCAACAGCUGUCGUGUCGUCAGCGGCGAAAGCUCCGGGCGCUCCUCGCCACUUCUCUUCUUACCUCGGAACUCAAUCCCGAAGAAGGGGGCCUUUCAGAGCGAGCGCAGGAAAGUCCUUCCUCGCCGCUGCGGUCUGCACGAGGAAGCGAAUCUGUGUUCAAAGAUGAACGGCAAGCAUGCGGAGAUCGGAACCAAAUAAGGUGGGGGGACGGCAACUCCGAAUCCGUGCGAGAAGCCCGUGAAGAAACAGACAUUAACGAGAGCCUGAGAGCGGCUUUCGACCGCAUUCAACUUAUCGCUUGGAGUCAACUCGAGCGGGGCCAGAACGAACAGCAGGAGGCGGGUGAAGGCGAGCCUGACGAAGACAGGGAAAGACACACUUUUUCGCGAACAAGCGCGAAAAGAACGCCAAAUUCCUCCGAGACAACGCACAUCCCGGGGUGGGCAGAAAAACUCCUGACCGGGAAGACAGAGGCCGCCGCGGGGCUCCGAGUCGACGCUGCGUGUGCCGCUCUCACGACAGACCCUCACAUGUGGACAUGUUCGUUUUCUUCGCUUUCUGAUUCUGAAGAGUAUUCCUCUUCUCUUGGCGUCCUUGCGGAACGCUCUGAGUGUUGGCUGAUCGAAUUCGUUCAAGAGGCGAUAGGGCAUCUCCCUCUGCAGCCGGCUUUCAAUCCUGCCGUCGUGCGUCUCCGGUCCCUGGUCUCUUCGCCCUCGUCCCGGUCGUCUGCUGCGAAUCGUGGCGGUAUCUCUUCACUGAGGACGGCUCUGCAUGCAUCCCGGUCUGAAGAUGUCAAGGCUGAUGGUGAAGAACGAGCAAGCGAAGGCCUCUGUCGAAGCACGGAGAAGGCGCUCGAAGUCAGGGCCAAGGGCGAGGCGCCUGGGUCGAGUCGGGGCAAGACGCCGGCAACAGAGGAGAGAGCGAGAACGAAGGCGCCAGAGGAUGUUUCUGGGAGGCAAAUCGAAGAAGGAGAAGCCACCUCGAAAAUCGCGAAAGCGCAAAGACGCAACGAGACGGAGGAUAGAGGGAAACACGGAGAGACAGAAACGCAAGUUGGGGGAGCGAAAGAAGGGUAUGUGGAUAACAAGGAUAGGAAUUCUCGUCUGCGAAAUCACAGUGAUGUGGCUGUCGAUAUCAUUCUCUCUCUCACCCGAAAGUACGAGGACGCGCUUCUGUACGCUGCGUCUCUCGCAUCUGCUGCGGUUCUAGCUUCAGCUCUGGACCUGCCGGUUUCUAGCUCCUCACCGUCUUCUACGUCAUCCUCGUGCGUUGGCGCUGGAGACCUAAAGCACCAAAACAAUGGCAAGAAGAGGUUGUUUGAUCGCGACGGGAGUUCCCUUCUCUCUUUUCUGGAGAAGAGGAUUAACGAAGAGCGUUUGCGAACAAUCAUGGAGCAUCUUGAGGCCUUCGUCGACCUACGGUUCCUCAACUUCAUGGACGAGGCGUCUACGUUCCGUCUGUCUCUCAAGAAGGACCGGCGACACAUGCAGGAAACUGCGUCUGUAGACGGACGAGGGCGAACUCGGCAAGAUCGCGAAAAAGGGCGCACGGAGACAAUCUGUGUGGCGAAAGAAGAAACCGAAGAAGGCUCGAGCGAGCCCAUCCUCCCAGCCCCGUGUGCAGGGUCCUACGGAACAGGGGAAUCUGAAAAAAACGGAGCAGCAAAGCAGACCCUGUGCAUGCUUUCCAUGUCUCCCACACCGGUCUCUCGCCGCUCGCGCGACAACGCGUGUGAAAACAAGGGAGCAGAGUGUUUGUCUGACUCUCUGUGUCGUUCCUCUGCGCCGUCCAUUUCUCCUUCGCUCGCGAUCUCUCCCCUGCCUUCGUGUUCGCCGUUGGGGGUUUCUUCGACUCCUGUUGGCUGUGGUGUUCCGUCGCAUGCCGCUUCCUCGCCUCCCGUUCUCUGUCUCGUUGUCCCUCCGCUUGCUCUGUCGUUCAGCGUCUAUCGUUUUUUGAAUACCUUCGCAGGAUCCCGAGGUUUCCGCCUUGUUGUGCGCCACUGUCUGUUUUACCCGUGUGAAGGUUUGACGAAUUCUGGCCGUCAGCUGAAGAGUGGAAGCGACGCUGCUUCCGCCUCGAGUCUGUGUCGCUCGCCCCCUCUUUCGUCUUCAGAUCUCUCGUCCUGUGCUGCGUUCACGUGCACUCCGUCUUCCGCGCACUCUUCUCCCUCCCAGAGGCCCUCUUCGUCUGCGGCCGUGACAGUUGUUUGGGGUUACGGUUCGCCUGCGUCGCAUGAAGAUGAGAUGGAGACGCAUGCAGCGGUUUCGCUGAAGAAUUUAGGCCGGUUGUGUCUUUUGGCGCGCCAUCAACCGUCUGGAAGUGGAGAAGAAGACAUGGAUGGAAUUGCCGAGUUCUCGUCGAACGAGCGGGAGACCGGCGCCCGUACGGGAAGUACCGCUGCAGGACGUCCAACUGGAAAGGUGGGAGCUGCUUUAGAUCUUACAGCGAACGCCGAAAGAACGCGAGAUGAGGAGCCAAAGAAUCUGUGGGUCACUGCUGCCUUGAACUUCUGUCGAGUCGUGGAAGAAGACGGAGACGAAGAGGGGAAGAAGAAUAUGACAGAUGGUGGGAACGAAGACGAAGUUGCGAUAGAAAAAGAGGGAAGCACCAGCGGCGAACGAGGUGCAGGUCGGAGCCAGAAAGACCCAGAAGUAAACGGGGAAGAACGGUCUUCUUCUUGUCGCGGUGCCGCCUCUCAUGCGCUUGGACAGAGAGGUGUUGCCCCGACGUUCUUCAGCAGCCACGCGGAUAAGGUGCAGGCGGGGAAGCUGGAGACCGAAGACGAGUUGAAGAAGGGUGAGAAUACCCUUGCUGAAACUCUCAGGCAUGUGGUUGUCACAAGUGCGACCGUCCGUUUCUUAGAGCUGUUCCCCUCAUGCUUAACUCCAGAAAGAUUUCUCAGUCAAGCGUUCAUGCUUCUUCGAUUCUGGCGGUGCUUCCCUACUGAACUUCAAAAGCAAGGAGACGGAGCGGUUGAUCCACAAGCUGCAGAUUCGUCCCCCUGGAGUUUGCCUCACUCCCUCCGAAAGUGCGAAGGAGGAGACUGGAUCGGAACUGGAGCGUCUUUCUGUUCGUGUGCGUCGAUCUCCUAUGGGUCGUCUUUCAACGCUCCGCCUUGCCCGUCUGCUGCUGUCGCGUCUUCGCAUUGCCCUACGUCAUCCCUACUGCCUCACUGUGUCGUCGGGCCUGCGGAGAGAAAGGAAGAAACGUUGGAGGGUGCCGAUGACCCAGGUGUCCCUGUGACCUCGACAGGAAGAGCGAGCCAGGGCAUUUGCUUGAAAAGCGACUUCUCGAAGUCUUCAAGGUGUCUUCUCUCAGACCGAACUCCCGCCGCAAUUCGGAAAAACCAAAUCUUCUUUAUUGCCGACUCGCUGCCGCAGAACCCCACGGGCUUCGCGAAAAUGCAAUGCGUCAACUCCUCGUUGUCGAAGAGUCAGCCCAAAUUCGAAGGCGUGAACGGAAUAGGAGUCGAAUUGAGUGAACUUGAAGGAGAGGAAACAACCAUGAAGGGCCUGCGGCAGUUCGUGCGUAUCGUUGAAGCGUUCAAAGGGAACGUCGAUGAAUCCUCGUGGCCUGGGAGACCUCUGCAGUCGCCAGAAGGCUGCUCCAGAGAGUGUGUCAGAAACGCGUCGCUGCGUCCCCGAAGGCAAAGUGCCACACGAGAAGGAACCGGGGAACCCACCGUGAGCACAGGAGACGACCCAAGAUCGCAGGCGGCUUCGACGAGCGGCCGCAUAUGCUCUGAAGGCAUUCCGGGAAGCCAGAAUGGAACGGGGCGAGAGAAAGGAGACACAGUCCAGGGACCUGAGCAUCCUGCCGCUUUCCCGACUCGUCAAAAAGGAGGUGAAAAAAAUUCGUUUUCGUUUGUAACGCGUACAGACGAACAGCCAAAAUCGGCGCGAGUGAAGAGUCAAGCCGAGACACCUCCCCUGGCACUCAUCACCUGCGUCUUGCCGGUGGGAUUCCCCGGGUGCGGCAAGAGCACAGCCCUUAUGCACUUUGUACAUGAAGCAGUGAACAACUGUGUGGCAAGAAGAGAGGAAGACUGGAAACAAAGAAGGCUCCGUGAAUGCGUCCGAGAGGGCGACCAAGAGACCGGCCAAACCGGAGCGAAAGACGGAAUGGUAGAUCUACAGGAUGACAGACAAGGACAGAGAGCGUGUGGCAAGAGAAGAACGGAACAUCGAUAUCUCGCCGGUGUCGAUGCGACUGCUGAUGAAAUAGCUAUCACCAUCUGGAAUGCUUCCCCGCUUCGCCCUGACCUGCCGUUGUCUUCCCCUCGCGCGUCGACCUCCUUACCUUUCCCCCAGCGCUCCGAACAGUCGACAUCGUCUGACCUGCGACAUCACGCAGCCGCGGCGGCCUCAGGCGAACCAGGGACGGAGGGAAGACAUCGGAAAGCGCGCAUCCGAAGCGGGAGAGUUUCCAAACCUAGGCAAGAAGCCAGCGAUGUGUGUUUGGACGUUGCAGGAGGUUCCACAUUUGGAACAGUGGACAUUCUUUUUUAUGUCAGUUCAGAUGAGGCCACAGGUGCCGCGCUUCGUCGCCGGGGUGUCCGUGGAUGCGUCCCAACAAGUCGAAGCUUCCAAAAAGCCGUGAGUGCCCUUGAGGCUUCUCCAGGAAUCCUAAGUCACCCUCGCCUUUGUGAGGAAGAGUCGUCUGCAAACUCGCAGGUCGCUUGCCGUGCAGCAAGCGGAAGUGCUACAGGAGAGAGGACCCCGAGCGCAGAAUCUGCAAACGAGCGUCAUGUCGAUCGUGUCAGGCACAGGCCUCAGCCGCGAGGUGAAGUGGUGGAGGCGGACCUGGCAGAAGGGAAGCGUGACGGCGGUGGAGAGACAGGACCGACAGAAGAAGACAUUCCCGAGAACGUGUUCCGGCCGGCUGCACGGGAAGGAGCAGCUAAUCUUGCCGCCAGUGUAGACGUUUUUUUCGGUCACCUGGAGGAACGCCUCAUGGCUUACUUUCACAAGCAGGAGGAGGCCGGAGAUGAUGAAGCAGAAAAGUUGGAGGGUGAAGAAGGAAAUGAAGGAAGCGGCGUGGUACCCUCUGGUGUAUCAACAUUUGACGAAAAUACACGAAAUGUGGAUGCGCAGCUUGUGCAGAAGGAUGGGAACUCUAAUUCGAAAGGGCAUUCGUCCGAAAAUGGAACGCGGAAGCCGUUGAGAGUCCUGGUUCUCAUCGACAAAAAUUUCCCCGUUGACUCUGUUCCGAAACAGACGGCGAUUCUCCAGAGUCACUGUGCCGCCCUCAACAGAAAGCUCAAUCAGGCAUGCGCGCGAGCCCUCCACAGAUCAGUGAGUGGCCAGCCGGAUUCCCCGGAUUCUGUUUCUUUCUCUUCGUCUUUCAUUUCGACCGCAUCGGACCCAAGUCAAGAUCGUCACAGUGACGGCAGCAAAACGCUGAAACCCAUGAUCCGAGCGGCAGUCUGCCUGAUGACGUUACCACCUGACGCGCGUCAGGAUGGGUCGUUGAGGAGCACGUUUUUUCGCCCUUUGCCGUCGACUUCUCCGUGUUCCUUUGCUUCUCUCUCUUUUUCGAACUCACCCUGGGCUUUCCCUUGGUCUUUGCCCACGCUCUGCUGCUGUCUCCGGCGUGUGUUGUCUCGCACAGACCAUCCGACACUCCGCUCUCGGGUGAAGCGAAACUGUGGAGAGAGCUGUUUUCGAGCGUCUCCGUGUCCCGUAUCUGAGCAGUCUACUUCUGCUCAGAGUGUAGACCUCGGGGAGUCUCACGGCGAAUUCUUUAGUGCGCGUCCAGUGUCCGCUCCUGGUGGCACUCGGCCAGUGGGCGCUUGUGCUGUUAUCAACGUGUUUCUCUCGUUCGUCGCCAUGUAUCGCCACCAGUCUCUCGACCCUGCUGACCUUCAAAAGAUUUCUGGCGUCGACGCCGUCCUGCCAUGCCACUCAGUCUGGCUCCCCCCUCUCAAGGAGCGCCCCGCGUCCCGAGAUCGUGGCUUGAGAGGCCAAGACAGUGAAGCGACGCAAGAAGAAAGCGAGGUGCGAGGGAUGGCACAUGUCACGGACUACUACGGAAAGAGCCCUCGACGAGAAGGAAGAGAAUCCUCAGAGGCGUCCCCGAAACGAACUGUGGUAGACGCGUUUCUACCUCCGUCAGUCGAAGACGAGUGUUACCUUUUGAUCGCAACUGCGCUUCAAAAUCUGAGACCCUUUUCCGACAAUAUCUUCAACGUUCCCAUCUAUGAGCGUCUCGUGUCGCUUUUGUUUUUAUCUACUGACCGUGGCGAGUCAGCCGAGAACGAGAAACACGUGGAGUCAGGUCACCAGAAACCGAGUUCCUUCGGAUCCGGGCCAGCAACGCCCGCAUCGUCCAGAGACGCCGCUGGCGAGUUGUCGACUCAGCUGGAGGCAACUUUUGAACGUCUUCAUGGCAACUCGUCGUUUGGGUCAACCUUCACAGUUUUUGACUCGGAUUGCCAUCGCCAAGCCUUCGAGGGCAGACGUCAACGAGAAGGGUGCGGCUCUCAGCAGCCGCAGCAAGAGAGACACCGGGACCACAAUCGGAUACGAAACUACCAGCGUUCAAGGGACGUAUCUCACAUGCACAGUGGAGACGCGGGGCCUCACCGCUGCAGCCGUGUGGCUCCUCGAGGACCUUCGGAGGUGCAGGCAAAUGUUAGCGAAGAGCGAAGGCAACUGUUGAGAGUGGGUCCCGAGUUCGCAGACCAUGUUGAGCAUCAAGUCCUUCGCGAACAAGUACAUGAUGCCAGCGGACCUCCUUUAUCUGUUCACUUGUUGCACGAACAUGGAGCGGGCGAAAGUGGAGGCGAUGUCGAUGGACCCACAAGUGAAGAGCCGGCAAGCGGCCGCACACGUGAGACAACGGGGGCAGGUUUCAUAUUGUCUAAGCACCGUGUGGACAUUGUUGAAAAGUCGAAAUCAAAACUAGUCGAGCCCCGUAUGCGGCAGGCGUCUACAUCUCUCUCCGCUGUCGGUAUCUCCGAGUAUCAGGGUUCGGCUGAGCCAGUUAGAGCGGCAGUAGGAUCAUCAGCUUCACGACUGGAAGAGGCGUUAGCCCAUUGGGCAGGAGAGGAUGAGCAGAAGAAGCAAGAUCCACGCCGAGUUAUUGAAGUCAAGCUGCCUGUAUACUUCUGUAUAGAUGUUGACCGGCAUGCUUCGCUGUUGUUUGCUCUCGUAUCCUCCAGUCUUGACGCCCUUCAAGCGAACUCCCCACCAGAGGAUUUCCUCGCGGCAGCACAGCGCUUCUCCCAACUCGUCCAAACAUCCCUGCGGAAUGUCACACGCCUUCACGUGACGUCUUUUUAUCUGGGGGGCGGAGAUGUGAGGACUACUCAGCAUGAAGUGGAAGUCCUAGAAGCGCAAGCCAGACAAAGGGAGGAAGAUGCUCGAAGACGAACACGGUCGUGGGUUUCUACGCAUAUGCGAAAAGGGAGCGUUGCUGGCAAAUCAGGAAGGUCUCCGUCAGUGACCAGAGGACAAGCAGGCAGUUUGUGUCCCGGUGGGAUCGGCAGUUCUGGGAGUGGCGUCAGGAGCUUCAGUGAUUAUUCCGCGCGUGAUGAAGAACUGCUGGCCGCGUUCGUGGCAUCCCGCCGUAUUAUAGGGCAGACCUUUAAGGUCGAAGUGACGCACCUUGUUUUCUUCGGAGAGGGUCUGGUUGCUGCUGGAGUCAGGCCUCUGUGCUCCCUUGUGCUUCUGGAUAAUGAAUUCGACGGGGCCAGCAGAAGGUCUGGGGCGGUUAGCCGAACAGCCAGUGUGGGCGCAAAUCACCUUCAGCGUAAUGUUUCGUCCUUGGAUCAACAAAGGCGAGGGCCCUCAGCGGAUAUCGGCCAGCGAACAACUUCCUCACACCCCGUUGCCAGUGUUGCCGGUGUUCAGUACCCAUUACGUGGAGCAAGUCUGUUUCACUCGACACACGACACACACAAGCUGCUUGUGUGUCGAACUCCAGACUCAAGACGGGAGGAGAUGGUUACCAGCAGCAGCACGACUACGGCGAUCACUGACAGGUACCCGCACUGCGACGGCGAGAGUGACACUACGUCUUCUCUCUGUUUUGGAGAAAAGCGAUAUCCACAUAUAUCGAUGAUGUUGGCGAGGCACUUGAAGCCACAGUUUAGUAAUGUCGUGAUGACGGCCGCAGCGAACGCGCAACGACAAGCGCGGACACAAGGGCUCCUACUGACAGACACACCGCCAAUCUUCAACACAGGCGAUAGAGACCGAGGGAGUGAGAUGUCCGGCGCAACGGCAUCCUCGCAGUCUCUGUUUUCUGAAGUGAAGGAGCAUUCAUCUGAGAACGCUGGGCAGUGGAUCCUGUUCAAAGAUUUGUUUGUUGCGGGGCGCCGUGAUGCAGCUCUUGUUUUUUGUCUGCCGUCUUCAUCAGUCAUUCUUGAAGGGCCGUUUCUUGCACGAUACAAUUAG